AUGCUGGCCUGUCUGCAGAGGACCCAGACCCCCCCAGCCCAGCACCUCCCCUGUCCCAACAAGGCGCUGGAGCCCCGCAAGUGCGAGACGGCGGCCCCCAUGCAUUCCCCCCGCUCCCCCAGCCCCGCCGAGCUGGACGCCUACGCACAGAAGGUGGCCAACAGCCCGUUGACCAUCAAGAUCUUUCCCACCAACAUCAGGGUCCCCCAGCACAAGCACCUUAACCGGACGGUCAACGGCUACGACACCACGGGGCAACGUUACAGCCCCUACCCCCUACACGCCGGCGGCUACCAGGGUCUCCUGGCCAUCGUCAAAGCCUCCGGAAAAAGCGUGGUGAAGAACUCGGAGGGGAAGCGGACUAAGCUCUCGCCCGCCCAGGUCGGCGUCGCUCCUUACCCCGCGUCAAGCACUUUAGCUCAAGGUCCCUCCUGCGCCGGCCAGCUGAGCUACCACGGCGGCCAGAAGCAGCUGGAGGGUCCCGUGCCACCCAACGUGACGGUGGCCGCCUCCGUGCUGCCGCUGGCGGGCAGGAGCCUGGCCCUACCACCUUCCAACCUGCCCUCCAUCCAGAGCAUCAUCUACCAGAUCAAUCAGCAGUGCCAGGCGCAGGGUGCCCAACCGGGUUGCCCAGCUGUGGUGGCCACCAACCCCAGCCCGGCCAAGCACGGCGCCUUCCCCGCUGGCACCGCGGCCUACGCCGGCGCCGUCCUGCCGGAGUGCCGCAAGGGCACCGAGCUGGCGCUGGGCUCCAACCCGGCAGCAGCAGCCACCUUGGGACCCAAGGCGGGCAUCUACCCCGAGGGUAUGGACUACCUGGUGUGGCAGCAGAAGCAGCAGCAGCAGCACCUGCGAAUGUACAGCGGGGGCAGCGGUGGUGGUGGUGGUGGUGGGGGGUCCCUCAGCAAGUCCCCUGAGACGUGCGCGGGGGCUUCGCGCCCCUACGGCCUGGGUGGGGUGGCCGAGAAGGUGAGCUCGUCCCCCUUGAACUGCAUGCACGGCAACUUCUCGGUGGGGCAGUACUUCGCCCCUCCUUGGAACAGCAUCUUGGUGACCCCCACCAGCGACUGUUACAACCCGCCGGAGCUGGGGGCCGGACCCCGUGAGUUGGGGGGGUUACCCCCGGCCGAGGGGUUGCCCAGCAAGACCCUCUGCAAUACCUCCAUCCUCAGCAGCAGCCUCCAGUCCCUGGAGUAUCUCAUCAACGACAUCCACCCGCCCUGCAUCAAGGAGCAGAUGCUGGGCAAGGGCUACGAGACCGUGUCUGUGCCAAGGCUCUUGGACCACCAGCACGCCCACAUCCGCCUGCCCGUCUACAGAUAAGGAACACCAUGCUGCUUUUUUUUUUCCCAAAUCCAGGGCGAGGACUUUGGCGACAGGAGCCGUGCUCCCCUCCGGCACCGCGCGGGUACCGGACCGUGACAGCGAGGGCAGAGGGGGGGGACGGGGAAAGAAAAGGGGGGACACGGGGUCCUGGAACACUGGCAUUUCACCGGGGUCCCCAGGCUGGGUACACCGAGGACGAAGGACCGCUUGUCUAUAGAGCUCAGAAAUCAUUUUAUCUCCACGAAUGUGAACAGGGAAUCGCUACGAGUUGCUGCUAUCCAGGGAGAGGAGGCUCCUCCGCUCCGCGCCGGCUCCGUGUGGGGCAGAGCCCCGGGGGGUGGCCGGCCCGGGGGGGGCUCACCGGGCAACCGGCCGGCAUGGUGUGGCCACAGGGAGCUCGCACCUGACCUGUAGCUGAAGUCCGUAACUUGCACUGCUUUGAUUAAAGCUAAUAAUUGGGGACAGUCUGGAGGCUAUUUAAGAAAAAAACACUUGAAAACUUGAACAGAUUUUUUUUUUUUCUUUUUAAAAUUUUAUUAAUUUUUUUUUUUUUUUUUUUUUUAGUUGGCUAGGCUGUACAUCUACGUGUUGGCUGCUACAGAGUCUCCUCCCGCCCCUCUUCUUCCUCCUCUUCCUCCUCCUUCUCCUCUCGCCCGGCCCCACGUUGGCCACCGGCUCCUAUUCCCACUCAACCGGGA